AUAAGAACUGUGAAAAUUUUAACCAAGAAACAUCAAAUUAUGCCAUCAAUUCUCAUUGUAGGAGCUACCCGGGGCCUGGGCGCCAGUCUUAUCAAGCAAUACGCCAAAGCUGGCAACACAGUCUAUGGUACUACGAGAUCGUCUGAAGGCCCCCAAGGGUUUCCCAAGCAGGUCAAAUGGAUCACCGGCAUUGAUCUCACGCAGUCCAGCGUGGGUGAGAAGCUCGCCGACCUCCUGGACGCUUCUCAACCCCUGGAUUCAGUAAUCAUCACAGCCGGGCACUUUACCACCGAGGACCUGAGCGCGGACAAGGGACCCAACUGGGAAGAGGAGCAACUCAUGUAUACGACCAGCUCCGUCGCGCCCGUCUUUGUCGUGCACCGGCUCGUGCACAAGGGCCUGCUCGGCCGGGGCUCCAAGGUGGUGCUCGUGUCGUCCGAGGCCGGGAGCAUCGCGCUGCGGCACCCGAGCGAGGGCGGCGGCAACUAUGCGCACCACGCCAGCAAGGCCGCCCUCAACAUGGUGGGCAAGCUGUUGAGCCUGGAUCUUCAGGAGCAGGGCGUGAUUGUGAGCAUCGUCCAUCCGGGCUUUAUGCGGACCGACAUGACCAAGGGCGUCGGGUACGACAAGUACUGGGAUGAUGGCGGAGCCGUGACGCCGGAUGAGGCCGCAGCAAGUCUCAUUGAGUGGGCGGACAAGCUGGACAUUAGCAAGACGGGAGAGUAUUGGGCCCCGCGAGGACCGAGAGACAUUGGCACUGCCGAGGCGGUCCUGGGGAAGGACUUGGCUACACCACUCAAGCUGCCCUGGUGA